AUGUUCGGGAAUCUCACUGGUAGCGUCGGUCAUCAAUGGAAUUGCCCGCUUUUGCAAGCAGUCAUCCACAUCUGUGAAGAACUUCCACAGCCGGGGAGACGCGUGCCGCAGGUGAUGAUCAUGACGAUGGUCACUGGGCUAGUCACCAGCUUGUCUUUAUUUAUUGCGCUCAUGUUCUUCGUCGAGGUCAUCGAUGCAGUCCGACAGGCGUCACUGCCCAGCUUGGAACUGAUAUAUCAAAUAACCAAAAGCCGGACCAUCACGUUAGCAUUAUCCAUCGUCCUGACCAUCAUCUACGCCUCCGCCCUCCCCUCCCAAUGGGUAAUAUCCGGCCGCAUCGCCUGGGCAUUCGCACGAGACAACGGCACCCCCCUCCCCGCCCUCCUCACGCAAAUCUACCCCACGCUCAACUUCCCCAUCUACACCACCCUCGCGGCCCUCCUCUUCAGCACCCUCUACGGCCUGCUGUACCUGGCCUCGACGACCGCCUUCACCAGCAUCAUCACCUCGGCCGUCCUCUUCCUGAACAUCACCUAUACCGUGCCCCAAGGAAUCCUCCUCACCCGCGGUCGAGCGAGUCUUCCACAGCGGUACUUGGAUCUCGGGUGGUUCGGAUACGUGUGUAAUGUGUUUUCGGUGGGGUGGAUUGUGGUUCUAGGGGUGAUGGUGUGUUUACCGAGUGAGAGGGGGAGUGUGGAGGUUGGGGGGAUGAAUUAUGUGAGUGUGAUAUUGGUGGGUGUGUUUGGGGGGAUUAAUGUGCUGUGGGGGGUUUAUGGACGGGGGAGGGUAAUAUGGGGGGGGAUGGAAUAA